GGAGGAAGUUAAAGUAUGGAUAUCCGGGAAGAGCUUGAAAAUUCAGCUCUCCCAUUCCUCUCACUCAACCAUGUUUCUUUCCUGUGCAAAUCUGUGACAGAAACAGCCAAGUUCUAUCAGGAAGUUCUUGGGUUCGUCCUAGUAAAAAGACCCUCCUCUUUUGAUUUUGAAGGAGCAUGGUUAUUCAACUAUGGUAUUGGAAUACAUUUGUUGCAGUGUGAUUCUGUUGAUGAUGUUCUUCAGAAGCCAUCAAUCAUCAAACCGAAAGACAAUCACAUUUCUUUCCAAUGUACAGACGUAGAGCUGGUGAAGAGAAAGCUUGAAGAGAUGGGAAUGAAGUAUGUGACUGCUGUAGACGAGGAAGGAGAGAUCAAGGUUGACCAGCUAUUCUUCCAUGACCCAGAUGGAUACAUGAUUGAGAUCUGCAACUGUGAGAAGCUCCCCGUUCUGCCUCUCUCUUCCUGCUCACUCAAGAGGUCAUCAACAUGGAUUCCACCAAGCAGAUCGAUUCAGGCAUCCAUGAUUAGCAUGAAGGCUCUUCAUUCCACUGAGUUAGGAACUCGGAUGAUGGAAAACCUGGUCACUAACAUGGCUGAUCUCGCAAUGUAAUUUCCAGAAAGAGAAUUCUACGUAAUUGCUUGCAAUCAGAAGAAUAAACAUCCUGAUUAAUAAACUCAAAACAGUGUAUAUGUAUAUGUGUGUGUCUCUGUAUAUGUCUAAUAAUUUCUAGCUCUAGCUUGCUAGUAAUUAAGUUUGUUAGUGUGGUUGUUUGACAGACUCUGAUCAUAGAAAUUAA